GGCAUCAUGGCGCUGCGCGCCCGCGCGCUGUACGACUUCAAGUCGGAGAACCCCGGCGAGAUCUCGCUCCGCGAACACGAGCUGCUGAGUCUGUGCAGCGAGCAAGAUAUCGAGGGCUGGCUCGAAGGAGUCAACAGCCGAGGCGACCGAGGCCUCUUCCCGGCUUCCUACGUCCAGGUGAUCCGGGUACCUGAGGCCGGCGACGGUGGCCCGGGAGUGCCAUGCCGCUACGCGAACGUCCCUCCCGGCGGCUUCGAGCCUGUGCCCGCCGCUGCGCCGACGCCGAGCACCUUCCAGCCGCACGCCUCGGGCUUUCCGUACGUGCAGCCGUCGCCGCAGCAGCUCUACGGUGCCGGUGGAGGCGGCGAUUACCAGGGCAGCGACGAUGAUUGGGACGACGAGUGGGACGACAGCUCCACGGUGGCCGACGAACCGGGUUCGAAUCCCGACCUGGACGGCUCGGCGUCGGCGGGCGGAGGAGGAGGAGGAGGAGGAGGGGCGGCGGCGGGUCGGUAUCGCCUGUGCACGCGCUCCGAUCUGUCCCUGGGCCCCCGCUCCGGUGCUGGUGGCGGUGGCCAGGUCCUCGCGCCGCAGCAUCAUGCAUCCAUGUCGUCAUCGUCGUCCUCCUCCGGGGCCAAGAGCUCGGCCACGGUGAGCCGCAACCUCAACCGCUUCUCCACCUUCGUGAAGUCGGGCGGCGAGGCCUUCGUGCUGGGCGAGGCGUCGGGCUUCGUGAAGGACGGCGACAAGCUGUGCGUGGUGCUGGGACCGUACGGGCCCGAGUGGCAGGAGAACCCGUACCCGUUCCAGUGCACCAUCGACGAGCCCACCAAGCAGACCAAGUUCAAGGGCAUGAAGAGCUACAUCUCGUACAAGCUGGUGCCCACGCACACGCACGUGCCCGUGCACCGGCGCUACAAGCACUUCGACUGGCUGUACGCGCGCCUGGCCGAGAAGUUCCCGGUCAUCUCGGUGCCCCACCUGCCCGAGAAGCAGGCCACGGGACGCUUCGAGGAGGACUUCAUCUCCAAGCGCAGGAAGGGCCUGGUCUGGUGGAUGAACCACAUGGCCAGCCACCCGGUGCUGGCCCAGUGCGAUGUCUUCCAGCACUUCCUCACGUGCCCCAGCAGCACGGACGAGAAGGCCUGGAAGCAGGGCAAGCGGAAGGCCGAGAAGGACGACAUGGUGGGCGCCAACUUCUUCCUGACCCUCAGCACGCCGCCCGCCGCAGCGCUGGACCUGCAGGAGGUGGAGAGCAAGAUCGACGGCUUCAAGAGCUUCACCAAGAAGAUGGACGACAGCGCCCUGCAGCUCAACCACACGGCCAACGAGUUCGCGCGCAAGCAGGUGACGGGCUUCAAGAAGGAGUAUCAGAAGGUGGGCCAGUCCUUCCGAGGCCUCAGCCAGGCCUUCGAGCUGGACCAGCAGGCCUUCUCGGUGGGCCUGAACCAGGCGAUCGCCUUCACGGGCGACGCCUACGACGCCAUCGGGGAGCUUUUCGCCGAGCAGCCCAGCCAGGACCUGGACCCGGUCAUGGACCUGUUAGCGCUCUACCAGGGCCACCUGGCCAACUUCCCGGACAUCAUUCACGUCCAGAAAGGAGCCCUCACCAAGGUGAAGGAGAGCAGGCGGCACGUGGAGGAAGGGAAGAUGGAGGCCCAAAAGGCGGACGGCAUUCAAGACCGCUGUAACACUAUUUCUUUUGCUACUUUGGCUGAAAUUCACCACUUCCAUCAAAUUAGAGUGAGAGACUUUAAAUCACAGAUGCAGCAUUUCUUACAACAACAAAUAAUAUUUUUCCAAAAAGUGACCCAGAAGUUGGAAGAAGCUCUUCACAAGUACGAUAGUGUUUAAUGACUGGACAUGGGAUUGUGCACAUUUUUCAUUUCAAGGAGAAUUUCCACAGCAGAAUAAAGACUGCUGUCAAAGAGCUAUUGCCAGCUAUCAGUGGUGGUACAAGGAUGGUGUUGUGUUCAACUGAAACCCAGCUGAAUAUAUAAUUCUGUAGGAGAGAAGCAGUUAAUAAUGGUUAUAUAACAGAACAGUACCACACUCUGUAACUAAAUACCCUAUGUAUGCCUACACUACCAUUGUAACUUCUGGAAUAAUGAUUAUACUAUUUGCCUUAUUGCAUUUUGAAGUAUGGGUAUCUUAGUGGAUACUUUGUAGACCUCAGAACCCAUGGAGGGUCUCAAAGAAGCCGGCUGGGUAAAGCCUGCUGUGGAUGCCUUCUUAUUCUCAUAGAUCGGGGUACCUAAAUUCAACCUGUUCUCUGUUUACAAACUCCAACUAGAGCAGCUAUGCGACUUUGUGCCUUUAGACUCUUGGUUCAUUUCUGCCCCCUUCCCCCUCUCCCGCGCCACACCCCAACUUUCCUGAUUGAAAGAGUGAAAGGCUGACGACACUGAAGAAAACCUCCUGUUGUCGGGGGUGGGGGGAGGUCAGCUGCCCUCUGCACAGCGAGCGUCAUCUGAUGAGAUGCCUGUGCACGUAGAGGAGAGGCGCAGGCCGUGCCUGGACGUGAGGUCUCUAGGGAGGAGACAGGGUCCCCUGCUCCCGCAGAUGCUGCCGUGGGACAGCCUUCCCGCGCGGGGCUUCCUGCCUGUGCGCCAGCGCUGGGCGCAGGAGGACGGGGCUGCUCGGUCAGGGUACAAGCAGAGUCAGUAACAGCGCCACUGGGUCUCAGUUCUGGGGAAGGCUUUUUAACUUGAAGAUUUCCUUUUGAUAACUCAUCUGUUUGAUUUUUGUUUUGUUUUAAAUGGAUCUACACUGUUAACUGAUUGAGACUCCACUGUGAUUCACUCGUUUACUUAAUCAAAAACUUUUCAGGGAUGUCUGUAAAUUUCAGUGUUAUACGUGAUGAAAAAGUGGUGUUGGUUGAUCUAAAGAGGGACCAGAAAUUUCUACUAUUCCAAUACCGAAGGAAAAAAAUUGAUUUAUACUGUGUUUUUAAGAACUAAGUAUUGAUAAAGCCCCCCAUGUAGAACAUUUAACCCUAAAAAUUAAAUAUAUUCUUUUGUUGUUAUAAGGGAAAUACAAAUGGCUGAUAAAUACCAAAAAGAUUCAAAAGCAGCUUAAUUUAUAAAGCACAAAGAGAGUGUGGCUUGAAUGCCUCAUUCUCAAAAUGGUUUUGUAGUUGCUGAGCUAAUAAUGUGAUUCUCGAGUUUGCCGAUUUCAAAACUCACUGAAGGGUCAAGUGUCAGUAAGCUACUGUUGUUUUGAAAUGAGACUCGUGCCUCAGAAGUCCCUGGUACUGACACGGUAACAAGCAAAGAGGUCCAUUUGAAGUCAUGGUGAGUCACGGUAUCAGAGGCCCGUUUGCAGAAAACCGUCAGAAGAAGAGGUCACUGGGACGGUGACCACUCGACAGCACACUUACUCUCUUUGAAGGUGACCUCAUGUGGGUUGAAUUUUUAAGAUCAGAUUAUAACGAUACUGAUACUGGGUCAGAAUGUUGUACCUUAGAAUCCUUGGCGCCAGAUUUAACGUCCAUGGCCUGGUCUUGACACAGACAUGUGGAUCUGUCACCAAAUACAUGGUUGAAUAAAUGUACCUUUCUCAUAUUGAUUGCAAAACAGUUAUAUGCACAAAACCCAUGUAUAUUUAAAAUUUUUAUUUCAGGAGCUUGGAGGUCAUAAUUACAGCAUAAUUUCAGUUUGAGUCUGUUUUGAACAGACAAGCACUCUGCUUUUCAAAUGAUUUGAAAGUCACUUUUUUUUUUUUUUGCCUCUUUUGAUGGUAGUUUUAUUUUUUGGUAGUAAGGUCACUAAAUUUGUGCAAUGGUAGCAUGGAAAUGCUGUGGGGUGUCUUACAUGACUGCUUUAGCCAUGGUGGACAUAGCUGAAAUGACAGAGAUUAAAGUACAAAUAGAUUCAUGCUGCCGACUCCUAAGAAUUUUGUCCUUCCUAAGUGCGUAGCGUCAUGCCAUCGACUCGUAGGGGCUUACAUUGAUUCUGCGGGUUCAAGCACCAGAGUUCUCAGUGUGCAUCUUCACCCUCAUCCUUACUCUCUGGCGUUCCCGGUUCUAUAUACAUUUCAGUAUAUGGAAAUACUGCGAUGUCACUACCAAGAGAAAAGCCAUUAUCGUGUGUCUACUGGUCACCAUGAUCAGUGUGGUACCAUUUAAAAAAAUAAACUAGCAUGCCCUUCAAGGUAUUACCUGUCUUCAUUUCUAGAACUUGUAAUCCUGACCUGGGAUGUUUCCAACACAAGGGCGUGCGCACUCACGCCGGGCUCUGCUGUUUCCCUCAGGCCCGGUUGACCGCAGGCCGGGUCUGAAGGUUCAGUUCACACCCAGAAUGGGGGAGGGAGCAGUGAAAACCGGGUCGCCCUGGCGGGAAGGGCGUCAGGGUUGGGGUCGGGGCCGCUAGUCCCCAGGCUCCACGGUGCACUUGCCCGUUUGUAACAGUGCAGCUGCGUCUCAAAUGCCAACUUUAAUCAUCUUACAUCCUGCCGCUGCCCUCAUAACUAAGGACCUGAAACAUGUUCUAGAUUGUCAAGCGUGUAAAGUGUAUAUAUAAGCCUUUAAAUGUCAAUCUUUACUGAGUUCAUUGCUGUACACAGUUUUUCUAUUUGCCUUUAUUUUCUCAGAAUCAAAUAUGUCUGAGUCAUCAAGCCUUUAAUAAGCAUUACCCAAUUUUCUCAUUUCCAGCUUUAUCUUUGUUUAACAGAAUAAGUAAAACAGGGUAUAAUUUAUUUUUAGAUGGACAUGUUGGAUGUUGUUUUAUUUCUUUUCAGUGUUAUGAUCACUACAGAUCAGCGGUGUUUAUCUUUCAGAAAAUAAACAAAGGUUGCUUA